AGCCGGGCCAGAUGAAUGACACGGGGCGUGGGCGGGGCCAGAAAGUUUGCCCCGGCAGAGGGGCGGGGCCGCAGAGCUCCCGGCGAGGCGGAUGCUGGCGUUCUUUCCCGUGAAGCAGCGGGCGGGUCGGGGAAAUUCCGUGUCCGGACGGGGCGAGUGUUGCCUAGGAAGAUCGGGCUGGGCGCGGGGAGCCUCGCCAGAACCCCCAGUGCUGUAUCCACGUUCUGCAAGGAAGGUUUGCUGGGACCCCGGCCCCACGCAGUCAGCAGAAUGUCAGCCACGCUGGAUCUGAAAUCCAAGGAGGAGAAGGAUGCUGAACUGGACAAGAGGAUUGAGGCUCUUCGACGGAAGAAUGAGGCCCUCAUCCGGCGCUACCAGGAGAUCGAGGAGGAUCGGAAAAAAGCUGAGCUGGAGGGCGUGGCCGUGACAGCUCCCCGGAAGGGCCGCUCGCUGGAGAAGGAGAAUGUGGCCGUGGACGUGGAGAAGAACCAGGGUCCUUUCCGGAGGGCUCCUGGGACGCCGCGGCCCCCCGGGACCGGCAGGGGAGGAGGCCGGGCAGGCGUGGGCCGGGCCCCCCGCUCCUGGGAGGACGGUCCUGGGGAGCCGCCUCGGGGAGGAGCUGGCAGCCGCGGCCGGAGGGGCCGGGGCAGGGGGUCCCCCCAUCUCUCUGGAGCUGGAGAUUCCUCCGCUGCCGACCGCAAGUCCAAGGAGUGGGAGGAGCGGCGCAAGCAGAACAUCGAGAAGAUGAACGAAGAGAUGGAGAAGAUUGCGGAGUAUGAGCGCAACCAGCGGGAGGGCGUGCUGGAGCCCAACCCGGUGCGGAACUUCCUGGACGACCCGCGGCGGCGCAGCGGGCCCCUGGAGGAGCCCGAGCGGGACCGCCGGGAGGGCAGCCGCAGGCACGGGCGCAACUGGGGCGGCUCGGACUUCGAGCGCGUGCGCUGCGGCCUGGAGCACGAGCGGCAGGGCCGCCGGGCUGGCCUGGGCGGUGCCAGCGACAUGACGCUCUCCAUGACGGGCCGGGAGCGCUCAGAGUACCUGCGCUGGAAGCAGGAGCGGGAGAAGAUCGACCAGGAGCGGCUGCAGAGACACCGCAAGCCCACCGGCCAGUGGCGGCGGGAGUGGGACGCCGAGAAGACCGAGGGGAUGUUCAACCCCGCUGCCGCCCUGGAGCCAUCUCACCGAUAUGAUGAGCAGGCCUGGGCCCGGCCUCCCAAGCCCCCCACUUUCAGGGAGUUCCUGUCCCAGCACAAAGCUGAGGUCAGCCGCAGGAAGAGGAAGAGCAGCCGCCCCCAGGCCAGGGCAGCCGCCCGUGCCUACAGUGACCACGAUGACCGCUGGGAGACGAAGGAGGCGGAGUCCCCGGCCCCCGAGGCCUCCCCGCCCGCUCCCCGCGAGGAGACGCCCGCACAGCUGCCCGAGACCCCAGCCCCUGCUCACCGGCCUCCUGAGGACCAGGGGGAGGAGGACCAGGGGGAGGAAGACGAAGAGGAGGAGGACGAAGGGGAGGAUGAGGAAUGGGAAGAUGUGAGUGAUGGCGAGGAGGAAAUUGGAGAGGAAGAAGAAGCUGAUGACGAAGAGGAGGAGGAGGAGGAGGAAGAAGAGGAAGAAGAGGAGGAGGGACCAGCCCAAGACCACCGACCCCAAGAAUCUGAGCCCACGGGGAGCGCCGGCAGUGAGCAGGCCAGCAAAGAGCCCUCCAGCCCUGAGCAGCCCCUGGCACGGCCCCAGUCCCCGGCCACACCGUCCAGCCCCUUCUCCCCCGCUGGGGGCCACCAGCCCGUGUCUGACUGGGGCGAAGAGAUGGAGCUGAACUCUCCCCGGACCAGCCACCCGGCCGAUGCCCUCUCUCCGGGAGGUGACCAGCCAGCCCCUGCCUCCUUGGGGAGCGGGCCCAGCCUCCGAGGACCCCGGAAAGCUGAAGAGGAGGGCUCCGAGGCCGCUCCAGGUGGGGGAGCCAGGACCCUGGAGAGGUGGGCCCCGAGGGCCAGGAGACUGCGGAGAUCACCGACUUCCAGAGGGCCUCCCCGAAUUCCUGAAGACUCUGCUGGGUGGGCCCUGGAGCUUCCUGCCUCGGUGGGGGGGCGGCAGGAGGGGUGGUCUGCCGUCCUGGCUGUGCCUCCUCCUGGAGCCUGGCUUAGGGGGGAGAAAUGCAGGUGGAGGGGGAGGAGCCGGGCAGGGGCGUGAGCGGGGCGUGGGGUUGAGCUGCAACUUGGGGCAGAGUAUGGAGGAGACGGGGCUUUGUGGGGCCUGGUUAGGGUUCUGGGAGGGCCAGAAUCUGGUGGGCGGAGGGAGAGCGGGAACGCAUCAGGAUAUGAGGGGCCUCCAAGCCGGCUUAGAUGGGAGUUCCUAACGCUGGUGUGGGGCGCAGCCGCCGAGAAUUCGGUGCUGGAACGAGUGGAGUGCGGGGAAGAAAAGCGACCUGAGGGAGGGGAAGCCAGGGCAGAAGAGGACAGAAUCGGAUGCUGGAGUAUAUAGUCUUAUUCAGAGGAAAUGAAGCUGGAACGGGGGCUUGCGAGGCCUGAGCCUGGCAAGGGGGCGGGGCUCGGAGGCGAGGCUAGACGCCAGGAAGAAGCCUGAAUCCCUUAAAGGGGAGAGGGUUAAGGCGCGGGGAGGAGCUAAGCGCUGGGCGGCCUCGCAUUUAGGAGGCGUGGGAGCCCUGGCUGAUGCGGCUCCGGUGGGCGGCCUCCCGCGCACCAUCGCCCGUGAGCGCACCUGCCCGGGCGGGACUCUCCCCCGGCAGAGGGCGUGCAGGAGGCGGCCAAUCGUAUUCCAUUCUCACAGCUGUUUCUCCCUCUCCUUCUCUGAAAGUCAAUAAAGUAGGGGAGUUUUUCUAAGAAAUAAGAGCCGUGGGUAUGACCCCGAAGCACGGGCUAGACCUGUAUUUGGAAAAGAAACAGGUAUUACCGUUCUGGGGCGGGGCCAGAGGCCAGGGGGCGGGGCUAGGGCGCCGCCGUUGUCUUAGCUUGGUAAUGGUUGGCCGGAGGCUGAGGGGGGCGGGGCU